GCAGGUGGGGGCGUGGCCUUAAGGCCCCGCCUCUCCCGCCGCCUCAGCCGGGGGCUCCAGGCACACAGGACGCUGCGGCUCAACCCCCCGGUCGCAGGGCCAUGGGUCUCAGUCCCGCCUCAACCCGCUGCGAGUCUGCCCCAUCUGCCGCUUGACUGGAGGCCCAGGUGGUCAUCAUGGGCCAGUGCUACUACAAUGAGACCAUCAGCUUUUUCUACAAUAACAGUGGCAAGGAACUCAGCCUUCACUGGCGCCCCAAAGAUGUCGUCGUGGUGGCGCUGGGGCUGGCAGUCAGUGCGCUCGUGUUGCUGACCAACCUGCUGGUUAUCGCAGCCAUCGCCUCCAACCGUCGCUUCCACCAGCCCAUCUACUACCUGCUUGGCAACUUGGCUGCCGCUGACCUCUUCGCUGGCAUGGCCUACCUCUUCCUCAUGUUCCACACUGGUCCACGCACUGCCAGACUCUCCAUCAAAGGCUGGUUCCUUCGACAGGGCCUGCUGGACACCAGCCUGACGGCGUCCGUGGCCACACUGCUGGCCAUAGCUGUGGAGCGGCACCGUAGCGUUAUGGCUGUGCAACUACACAGCCGCCUGCCCCGGGGGCGUGUGGUCACACUCAUUGUGGGUGUGUGGGUGGCUGCCCUGGGCCUGGGGUUGCUGCCUGCACACUUCUGGCACUGCCUCUGUGACUUGGACAGUUGCUCACAAAUGGUCCCCCUCUUCAGCCGCACCUACCUGGCUGUGUGGGCCCUGUCCAGGCUGCUUGUUUUCCUGCUCAUGGUAGCCGUCUACAUUCGAAUCUUCUUCUAUGUGCGUAGACGGGUGGAACGCAUGGCGGAGCAUGUAAGCUGCCAUCCCCGCUACCGAGAGACAACGCUCAGCCUGGUCAAGACGGUUGUCAUCAUCCUGGGGGCGUUCGUGGUGUGCUGGACGCCUGGCCAGGUGGUGCUGCUCCUGGACGGUCUGGACUGUAAAUCCUGCAACGUUCUGGCUGUGGAGAAGUACUUCCUGCUCCUGGCUGAGGCCAACUCACUGGUCAACGCCGUGGUGUACUCCUGCCGGGAUGCUGAGAUGCGCCGGACCUUCCGCCGCCUUCUCUGCUGUCUGUGUCUCCGCUGCUCCGACCACAAGUCUGCCCCUUACUCAUCUUCUGCCCGGACGGGUGCCAGCACCCGAAUCAUGCUUCCUGAGAAUGGCCACCCACUGAUGGACUCCACUCUUUAGCUACCUCGGAAUGAGGCACGAGACAGGAGCUUCGUCUGUCUGCAGCCCGCAGCCACCUGCAGAGCCCCUGACUCAAUCCAGCCCAACAAAUGCAUGGCCCCUCAGCACUCCUCAGGCCCACAGAUCUGCCUGCCCCAAAGCAGGGUUUUGGGGACAUCUCCGUGCACCUGGCAGAGCAUCCAAAGGGGCUUGGCAAACUGGCCCUCAAUCAUCUCAGGUUUUAGGGUUUUUAAACAGACAUUUUUAUGUUUUUGCUGUAUAUCUGGUAUGUCCUGUGCACUGCUUUUUCCUGCAUGGUGCUGUAGGUGUCAGGGUUGAAGAGGUGAGAUCUUUCCGCUGCUGCAGGGUAGACUACAAGUUGACCGCGUUCCUGAGGCUACUUUUUGGAUUUGUCUUUGAGAUGCUCUGUGUAGCUGAGGAUAGCCUUGAACUCUUGAUCCUCCUGACUCCACCUCCCAAGUGCUGGUACUGAAGCUGAUUCCUUAGGAGUGUUGAGCAGCCUCUGAGAGCUCACCUGCUUGCUUCUACUCUGAGACUCUGAGGUUGACAAGGUAGGUUUUUUUUUUUGUUUGUUUUGUUUUUUGUCAAUUCAGACAACCUGUCCUCAUGUCCUGGCAUUAUGUAUCAUGACUCAGGGCUGCCAAGAAUGUCUUAACAUGGAAUCCCUUGGCCCAGGCUAGCCUUGAACUUGCUGCAUAGGCUAGGCUGGUCUUGAAAUUUAUCAUCUUGCUUCUGAAUCCUAUGGGAUUAGAGCUAUCUGCUACAACAAGCAGCUUCUGUCUUUCUGAAAUCUUGCAAAUAUUUUCUUUUGCCUCCGUCCUUUCUACUAUCCUUCUACUUGUCUCCCUCUUCAAAAACCUAGGGUGAUUUCUGGUUCUUGUGAGCCUUUUUCUUCUGCCUGCUCCACUCCCCUCCCCUCCCCACCGCCACACAUACACACCCUGUUCUUUUAGACAUGGGAUCUCACAAAGCAGCCCAGGCCAUCCUAGAACUCACUGUGUAGCUCAGGCUAACUGCAAACUCUCGGCUGUCUUCCUGCCACAGCUUCCUGAGUGACGUGGUGACAAGCCUAAGACACCAGAUUGUGAUGUGGCCCAUUUCUAACUGCACAGCCUAGAAAAGAUACAGAUUCCACCGGGGGCCCAGAAAACUCCCGGGGGAAGGGGCUUCAGUGUCCCAUGGAGCCUGGAAUUAAGUCUCAAGUUUACCAGGGCUUUCUACUUCUCAAGAAGUCCCCCGAAACUUCAGAUCUGCCAAGCCUGAGAUGAGCCCCUUCCCUGCCUAGAGAAGCCUCCUGGCAGGCAGUGUGGGCCAUGAACUUGGUUCCCUGCUCCACCUCACCAGAGAAGAGUCAGAGUUAUGUUCUCAUUUCAGAUCACAUGCGGAGUAACAGCAGGAAUUUGAGCCUCUGUCUUAUCUGAGGCCAAAUUCUUAAGGCAUUAAAGCAUCCAUUUCUAAGGAACUGAAACAUCUCUGUUUCUACAGUAAAUGUUCCUACUUUUCACACUGCUGGGACCUUGCACAUGCCAGGCUAGUUCCCCACCAAAGAGCUCCUGUCUCACAAACCAUUUCCAAAAGGAAAAUGACGCAAGACUGAAUGGAAGGGCUGGAUAGUUCUUGAUCAGUGUGGGCAGUGAGCAUCUACAGCCAGAAAUCUCCCAAGGUUAUAGCCCAGGAACUCCUCCAGCCAGGUGUCCAUCAAGGACACUGUUCCUACCUCCAUGGAGCUCUGGGCCUGCUGGACAGGUGACACUUUGGGUAUCAAGGCAGCCAAUCAAAUCCUGAACUGGGGAUUCCUGAUGGCCUCCAGAAGUCAGCUGUCUUACCUAUACUUUGGCUGUCCCCCAUCAGCAUUGUCCAGAUUGUUGAGGAAUUUGUCUUGUCAGCUUUUAUGUAUUUUUUUUUUCUUUCCUUUCCCACUUAUAAGUCUUGUGAUUUUUUUUGUUUGCUUGAGACAGGGUUUCACUGUGUAACACUGGCUGGGUUCAAACUCAAAGAGAUCCAUAAUGCCUGCCUCUUGAGAGGUGGCAUUAAAGGACAACGCCUAGCUGCGCGUAGUUUUGCACAUGUGCAGGUGUGUUCUUGUACUGUUGUGUGCAUGUGGAGCUUGGAGAUUAGUGUCAGAAGUCAUCCCUGAAGGCUUGGUCACCUUAGUCAACAAAGCAGGGUCUCUCAGUCAAACCCAGACGUCACCAAUACAGCUAGUCUCACUGGCCAGCUCAUGCUGGGAAAUCCCCUGUCUCUGCCAUCCAAGGCUUAUAGUCCAGUCUCUUCACCCUGGCAUUUGUGUGGAUUUUUGAGGUUCCGAAUUCUGGUCUUCCCACUUGAGCAGCAAGCACUGUAAAUGCUACGGCAUUCUCCCAGCCCAGCUUUUCCCUCUUGAUCUCUUCUCUGCUGGGUAGUAUCAAGUUUUUGUCCCUUUUAGGCCACUCGAACUUGUCCUCUCCUUCCCCCCAGAGCAGGCCUGUGUAGUGCUGUGGCACUGGCUGGCCUUUUGUACAGGCCCCACUCUGCCCACCUUCAAGGGUUCUGUUACUUGCUGUUGGGUUGGGGGCAGGCCUAGGGUUUCCUUCAUCAGAGGUUUCCCUUGCUUUUAUACAUUUGCAUUUCUUGCUGGGGACCUUGUGAAGUCUCCCCAUCUCCUCCAACCCCCCCCACACGCUGCUUGAGUUUCCUCUUCAAUAACAACAGAAAGAAGAUGGCUUCCCAGUAGAGCUAAACCUUCAUGAAGCAUUCGCCUGAAUUCUGUCUCCGAGCAAAUGGCUUCUGGGAGGUUCUGUGACUCUGGAGAGGGACUGUGUCCCCUUUUCUUUUGCUUGAGGCGCCUGUUGUCUUGUCAUAAAUCCCAAACAAGAGAGACAAAAGGGAGGAUGAGAGUUCUGUAUGACUUGGGAUGUACCCGAGGGUAGGCCUUCAGUAAACAGUCUUCAUUCUUUAGCCAGACACUAGCUAUUGGGUAGAGCUGGGGUUGGAAGGGAUGAACACGUUUAAGGAGAUCAGGAGGCAAAGACACUUUGCCAACGUUCACAACAUGACUUCAAGCCUUAGGCCCAUAUGGUAGGUGAGAACCAAGUCCCGAAAUCCACACUCGUGCCAUGGUGUUGCAAAGGCAACACACACAUACAACAACAUUUUUAAAAGAAAAGAACAAACAGGUUGUAGUCACUCCUGAGCUGGCUCUUGAUAAAACAAUAUUUCAAAUUGACUUGCCCAGUAGAGAAAAGGACUCUGUUCUGGCUUUCUUCCUACCGUCUACACAUUUCUGGCCCCUUAGACGGAUGGAAGAGGAAUAGAAAGCUCUAGAGAAAGUCAGGAUUCUGGUGACCAGCCAAGGGGGACUGCCUGAAGGGCCCAAGAUUUACGGGGAACAGCUGUUCCCUCCAGGUUUUAUAUGGUCACUGCUGUGUUGAAUCAGCAGCUGUGUUCAUUCACACAGGACCUCACAAGAUUGGGCCACCAACAUGCUCCUGUAGAAGGACAGGAGAGACAGACGGGGCAGCUGUCCUCGCUGAAGAGAUGUAAACCUGUAGUGAUGGGGGAGGGGUGGUACGUUUCAAUGCUGUGGCUGCCCAUGUGUCUGUAAGUAACCUCAAUAAAUCCCCUGGUUCACAAAA